CACCUCUGCUUGGAGCCAAAAAUAGUAGUGCGUGUGGCGUUGUAAAUUAUAUAUUAUCAUCAUGUAAAUGGAUAUGUAUAUCCCAUCUCCCCUCAUCAUUCAACCCUCCCCUGUGUAAUCAUGAUUCUCGGAGCUGCAACUCCGGCUUUAUCUUUGCUAAACUUUGGUACCAGACUCAGUCACCUUGAUUCCUCGGCGAAACAACAUAAGGGGUCAGUAGUGGCUUGCUCAGCUUCAAAGCAUGCGAGCAAUAAGGCCUUGACAGGGUUUGUUUUUGAACCAUUUCAACGAGUUAACAAGGAGCUCAUGCUUCUUCCGACGGCUCCUCAUCUUUCUCUGGCUCGCCACAACUACUCUGAUGACUCCGAGUCUGUCAUCAACGAUCAGAUCAAUGUUGAAUACAAUCUUUCUUAUGUGUAUCAUGCCAUGUUUGUUUACUUUGAUCGAGACAAUGUUGCCCUGAAAGGUUUUGCCAGAUAUUUUAAAGAAUCCAGUGCCGAAGAGAGAGAUCAAGCUGAACAGUUCAUGGAGUAUCAGAAUAAAUGUGGGGGGAAAGUGAAGUUACAGUCUAUCAUAAUGCCACUAACUGAGUUUGAUCAUGCAGAAAAGGGAGAUGCACUAUAUGCAAUGGAGCUCGCAUUGUCCUUGCAGAAACUAGCCAACGAAAAACUUCAACAUCUGCACAAGGUGGCAGUUAAGAACAAGGACGCCCAAAUGGCUGAUUUUGUGCAAAAUCGUUAUCUGAGGCACCAGGUGAAAGUUAUCAAGAGGGUCUCGGAAUAUGUUGCACAGCUAAGAAGAGUGGGCAAAGGACAUGGUGUUUGGCAUUUUGAUAAGAUGCUCCUCAAUGAAGGAGGUGCUGCUUGAUGUAAAAUCAGACUCAUUUCGGUUCUCUUGUGCUGCUCAUGAACGCUGUUCGUUACUUGAGUAUCUCUCUAUAGGAUUAUUGUUGAACGAUGUUCGUUACUUAAGUAUCUCUAUGUAGGAUUAUUGUUUGUUUGCUUAGAGAUGAUGUUGAUGGUAGAUUAACUUUGAUGUGUCGUACUAUUUAUUCUGAGAAGGUCUGAGAUAUUACUCUUC